AUGAACAAUACUAAACAGAGACAGUAUGCGCAUUUAGCUCAGCAAUUGGAAGAGCUGAACCAGAACUUGAAGGAGACAACGAGACAUCUCGAUACCAUGUCUAAACAAUGCAAUGAGAACCUGGUCGGGCAAUUGGGGAAGGUGAACAGCAGUUGGCUUAUCGGUAGUAGUCGGUGUUUUGAGGACCAAAUGCUUGGUGGAGGUGAAAAAUGA